AUGCCCCUCGAAACCCACUACACAGUACUCGGAAUCAGCCGUUCAGCUUCCACUGAAGAAGCCGAAGCCGCAUACCAUGCAAUCUUGCUUGCAAACCAUCCAGACAAGACUCAGCAUCUAGCUCUGCCUGCGCGUGGCUUUGCCGAAUGGCAUAUUUGCGCGGCCCAGGCUGCGUAUGAAGUACUGCUUGAUCCGGAAAGGGCAGCGAAGUAUGAUGCCAAGGUAGGGAUUCAGGAUUCUUUUGAUAGUGGUGAUACUUGGGGAAGGCCGUGGGAUGGUACUUCUUUUGGUACGUCGGAGCCGGAGCGUGGGUUUCCUUCCCAUCACUCUCGUUCCAGUUCCUCAAACGAUGCUGAAGAAUACGAUUUUGUGGAUGUAGAAGAAGAUGAGACUAGCCCUGAUAGUGCUGGAGGAUAUACCUCCUCUCCUCCGUCCUGCACCGAUCAAGCAUCUUCUUAUCACCCACAAGCAGAAUACUGCCAUGGCCUAACUCGCACAACAACCGAUAUGAAUAUCGAACUCAAAGGCUGGAGUCUCUACCUCCUCCUCUUCAUGAAAUUCCGCUUCCUCAACACCGUCACUGCACUACUCACCGGUAGUGACACGCGAACUAUUGCUCUCGAGCUGCAUCUCGAACGCAACAAGAGCUAUCGCCCGAUCAGCCCAGAAUCUCCCGUUCGGAAGAACCCUGAACUCAUUAUUGAUAUUGAGUACAUUCCAAACGGAGCGAGAGGUGUUAGUAAUGACCAAACUGUCUUCAAGGAAGUGACAAAGGAUUCGUUGACCCUGUCUAUCUGUAUAACCUCCACUCCGUUCGACGUAAAUCAGUUUACCAUCCCGCCAUGGAUGUUUGGCUUCGACUUCGAUAUGAACGGUCAUCCCGCGGCUUGGGGUCGUAAACGCGGUACGUGUAUCAUUAUCACUCAGGAUAAGCAGAGUAUAGCGGAUACGCCGGAGGAUGUGCUGAAGAGGGACGUAGGUUUGACGGUGAAUGUGUUUUGUGGGUUGGGUGAUGAGAAGUUUACGGGUGUGGAGUAUAUGUUCAACCUCCUUUAA